GUCGCCGCCGCUGCUUGCCGGGCCGAGGUCGAGACCGAGGCAGGAUGGGACAUAGCGGCGCCUGACCUACUCUUCGCAGAGGGGACCGCGGCCUACGCGCGCGGGGACUGGGCCGGGGUGGUACUGAGCAUGGAGCGGGCGCUGCGGUCGCGGGCCACCCUGCGCGCCCUCCGCCUGCGCUGCCGCACCCGGUGCGCCGCCGACCUCCCCUGGGAGCUGGACCCCGACUCGCCCCCGAGCCUGGCUCAGGCUUCGGGCACCGCCCUAUACGACCUGCGCUUCUUCGGGGGCCUCCUGCGGCGCGCCGCCUGCUUGCGCCGCUGCCUCGGGCCGCCAGCUGCCCACUCGCUCAGCGAGGAGCUGGAGUUGGAGUUCCGAAAGCGGAGCCCCUACAACUACCUGCAGGUCGCCUACUUCAAGAUAAACAAGUUGGAGAAAGCCGUGGCAGCAGCACACACCUUCUUCGUGGGCAAUCCUGAGCACAUGGAGAUGCGCCAGAACUUAGACUAUUACCAAACCAUGUCUGGGGUGAAGGAGGCUGACUUCAGGGAUCUCGAGGCCAAACCCCAUAUGCACGAGUUUCGGCUGGGAGUGCGGCUGUACUCGGAGGAGCAGCCUAUGGAGGCCGUGCCCCACCUGGAGGCGGCACUGCGGGGGUACUUUGUGGCGGACGAGGAGUGCCGAGCGCUCUGCGAGGGGCCCUAUGACUAUGAUGGCUACAACUACCUCGAGUACAACGCUGACCUCUUCCAGGCCAUCACAGACCAUUACAUCCAGGUCCUCAGCUGUAAACAGAAUUGUGUCACCGAGCUUGCUUCCCACCCAAGCAGAGAGAAGCCCUUUGAAGACUUCCUCCCAUCUCAUUAUAAUUAUCUGCAGUUUGCCUACUAUAACAUUGGGAAUUAUACACAGGCUGUAGAGUGUGCCAAGACCUACCUCCUCUUCUUCCCUGAUGAUGAGGUGAUGAACCAGAAUCUGGCCUACUAUACAGCCAUGAUGGGAGAAGAACAAGCCAGAGCCAUUGGCCCCCAUGAGCGUGCCCAGGAGUACCGACAGCGGAGCCUGCUGGAGAAAGGGCUGCUUUUCUUCGCUUACGACAUCUUUGGCAUUCCCUUUGUUGAUCCGGAUUCAUGGACUCCAGCAGAGGUGAUUCCCAAGAGAUUGCAAGAGAAACAAAAGUCAGAACGAGAAACAGCUGCCCGCAUCUCCCAGGAGAUUGGAGACCUCAUGAAGGAGAUUGAGACCCUUGUGGAGGAGAAGACCAAGGAAUCGCUGGAUGUGAGCAGGCUGACCCGGGAAGGUGGCCCCCUGCUCUAUGAAGGUAUCAGUCUCACCAUGAACUCCAGAGUCUUGAAUGGUUCCCAGCGGGUGGUGAUGGACGGCGUCAUCUCUGAUGUUGAGUGCCUGGAGCUGCAGAGACUGACCAACGCAGCAGCAACUUCAGGAGACGGCUACCGGGGUCAAACCUCCCCACACACCCCCAGCGAGAAGUUCUAUGGCGUCACUGUCUUCAAAGCCCUCAAGCUGGGACAGGAAGGGAAAGUCCCUCUGCAGAGCGCCCACCUGUACUACAAUGUGACAGAGAAGGUGCGGCGCGUCAUGGAGUCCUACUUCCGCCUGGACGCCCCCCUGUACUUCUCCUACUCCCACCUGGUGUGCCGCACUGCGAUUGAAGAGGCACAGGCUGAGAGGAAGGACAGCAGCCACCCUGUCCAUGUGGACAACUGCAUCCUGAACGCGGAGGCCCUCGUGUGCAUCAAGGAACCCCCUGCCUACACUUUCCGGGACUACAGCGCCAUUCUUUAUCUAAACGGAGACUUCGAUGGAGGAGACUUCUAUUUCACUGAGCUAGAUGCCAAGACCGUGACGGCAGAGGUGCAGCCCCGGUGUGGAAGGGCAGUAGGCUUCUCUUCGGGCACAGAAAACCCGCAUGGAGUGAAGGCCGUCACCAGGGGGCAGCGCUGUGCCAUCGCCCUGUGGUUCACCUUGGACGCCCGACACAGUGAGCGGGUGAGAGCGCCAGUGCGGGGCGCUAGUUCCGCCCCCACUUUCCCAUCCCGUGGCCCACGGCUGAGACAUGAACAGAGGGGAGCACUGGGCACGGGAGCCAGAGAGCCUCAUGGCUCCAGCACUGUGUCACCAGGCUCACGUGGCCUCGGCCUCCUCACCCUUCUGCCUUACUUGUAAUUGGGGUUCCAGGUGUGGGGCCGAGAUGGGGAAUGAGACUGGUCCUUGGUUCCCUGGUUGGGCACCACCUCAGCUGUCUUUGCCCAGAGAGCAGGGCCUCCCUGGAAGGAGAGCAGCUCAGAGCCCAUUGAGGAAGAGCCUUCUUGUUCUCCAGGAAGCAGCACCCGUGAGAAGGUGAGUGCCUGCUCUGAAGGCCUCUCAAUAGGCAAGGGCUUGUCCUUGCAGGACAGGGUGCAGGCAGACGACC